GCCGGGGAGAAGGUGUCGGAAGCCUCAGCAGUAAGAAAACAUGUCAACAGAAUAAAAUAUUAACCAAUGACGGGCCAGCAGGCCCCGAGACCCCUCCCCUUGCUCUGGCCCCCACCCCGCCGCCCGCGCCAGCAGCUGCCUGCUCCUGGACGGGAAAGCGCUGCUGGCCGACCCGCCCCGCCGAAAGGGCUUGAGACUGGGGUCGCCCGGGUCUCAAGGCCCUUGGGAAAGGACCCCCAGCCGCACGCCCGCCCCGAGUGCAAAGCAUUGACAUGGCCCCGAGAGGAAAGCGGGCGCCCUCCUCUCGCGCCCGGCAGCCUGGCCGCUCCGGCCCGCGCCCCAGCUUGGCUUCCGAUUCUUUCCUGGCUUCCCGGCCGCGGCGCCUCCCGGGGCCCCUGCACUCGGGAGGGAGGCUGCGGGUGCUGGAAAGAGAAGCCGGUGGGCGGGCGAGUCGGGAGGCGCGGGCCGCCGAGGUCGUGGAGCGGAACCCAGGUGGAGGGAGCCGGUGUCUGCCAUCCAGGCCCCUGCAGCUUGCUCUCCACUGGAGCUUGGGAAGGAUUCUUUUUAUAAUCAAGAUAUGGACCACGGAGGAAGAUGGCAGAUAUGUG